AUGGCCCACCGGCCGCACCUGCCACACACGCCCGUUGUGGAGUAUGACGAGGUCGCCGUGAUGGAUGUGGGAGACGACGGCGAAGCCGAUGGCGACGUGGAUAUUGACAGCCAUGUCGGCCCCGAAGAAGUCGCAGUUGGCAGGACCCCGGGUGGGAGACACCACAUGCGCUCGCUGUCCGACGGCGGCCGCACCCCUCAGAAGUUCACCCCGGCCCAGCUCGCCGACGCGGCCCGGCGGACCUCAAAGGACGACAGCACCAUCUCGCUGCCUCUGCGCGACUCCUUUUCCAGCUCGACCUCGCCCUCCGCGCCCCUGGCCCCUCCUGUCACUCCUCACCGGUCAGACUUCCCCAUGCGCGGCCUCUCCUUGCAGAUGCCACCGCAAGCGUCGACCCCUCCCUCUCAGCAACAACCACAGCACCACAGCAAUCAGCAACAGCAACAGCACAAUCAGCAGUUCAAUCCGUCCGGCUCAAAGCCCGCCCCAUUGUCUCCCAAGCUCGACCACUCCCAGAUCUACUCCUCGCCCACCAACAUCCUGCCCCGCCGCUCCAGAGGCCUCGACUUCUCCCGUGCCGCCACCAGCCUCCACCAUACCACCAUCGCAGAGCAGUCUUCGCCCGAUUCCUCGCCCACGGUCGGCGGGAGGGCCAUGAACAUACCGAGCAGGAGGCCCGGCGAUUCCGGCGCACCAGAGCAGACCUCCAACUCACUGUGGUCUAUGAUGGGCAACCAGGAGCGCUUCCAUAUCUCCAGUUCCCUGGGCAGCGCCGCCAACAUAGUCUCCGACUCCUCUACAAGCUCCGACGAGGACGACAUCAUGGACGAGGACAUGGACGAGCCCUACUUGAUGACGCCGCAGGUCAUUAAGAGCAACCCACACGCGUCACAAGCAGCCUCUGGUUGGCCAGCGGGGGCGGGGUCGCCAGCUGUCAACAGCCUCUUGUCCUUCCAACAGCGACAGCGGCCUCGCAAACAGGCAAAGAAGAAAGAACGCGGCCCUUUCAGCAUGGGUUGCCCCCCAACCCCAUCAGCAGCCACCGUCCUCUCCAAGUCCCCUCCUACAAACCCAGUACCCUACGGCAACAUGGCCAAGGAAAUGAGUUCAUCCCACGCCCGUCGCGAGAGCAUCAGUUGGGCAGCCAACCAAUUGAACAUUGCAGGGAGUGACAGUGAAGACAGUCCCAAAACGGGUGUGAAUGUGGAUGGCGUGCUGGGCCCCGGCGCCGAUCCUCAGAACAGGGUCGUGAGGCGCGCCGUGACCCGGCGAAGCAAUCUCCUGCCGAAGUCCAAAAAUUUCGCCCGCAUAAAAGCUGCACUCGCCGAAGAGGGCGCACCCGUCGAGUCCGAGUUCCGACGCGAAUCAGAGGUCAUCCGUCAGGUGCGUGAGGACAUCGACUUCGACCCUCCUCGCCAGACCCCGCAGCCGGCGUCAGUGACUGCGACGACGCAGUCAAGCCCCAACAUGCCCAUCCAGGACUCGCUCGAGGACGCAGUCGAGGAUGCGAUGAUGGUGGACUCGAAUGCGCUGGGUCUCUCGAGCAGCUUCAAGCACCAAGCCCACAGGAACUCGAAAGGGAAGGUGUUCUGGGAGAACUUCUCGGAGACGAGCAGCGUGGGCGGCUCGAGGACGACUCCACCACCCCCAGGCCCACCUCGCGGGUCCUCUUCCGGGAUGAGCCUCGACGACAUGAACAUGGAUUCUCCCUUUGCAAACUCCGGACCAGGGGGCGGCAACGGCGGCUUCAUGUUUCCCAUGACCACGACGCCCAGCUCCGGCAACGACACGCCCCAGCCCAGCGGGUCCUCCUCCAUGCCAACGACCGAGCAGCCGUUGCCGCCCUCAGUGGCAGACGUCACGCGCCGGCUGACGAAGCGCCGCCGUGACGACGACCUCGACCCGGUGAGCUUCAAGCGCCGCGCCGUGUCGCCCGGCAUGAGCGUCCAGGGCUCGCCCAUCAUGCAGAGCCCUAUGCAGCACGCGCCGUGGGGCUCGAGGCCUGGCAGCAACGGGGGCGGAGGUGACCGUGGCGGGAGGAACGACACGCCCAACAGCGAGACCAGCGGAAGCGGCAACGGUGGCAGCGGCGAUAAGGCGCGGGCCAAGGGCAGGAUAGGUUUCCAGGGCAUGGUGGACACCAACGAUGGCAUCACGAGGCUGAGUAUCGAGUGA